AUGACCUCAACAACAUUCACAAUUUUGGCUGUGGUCGCAGGGGCAUUGUGGUACUUUUACAAGCCUUAUUGGGCCGUGAGGAAAGUUCCUGGGCCUCCAGCAAUGCCUGUUGUUGGACACCUCCCUUUGCUGGCUAAGUAUGGACCUGACUUGUUCUCUAUUCUUGCUAACCGCUAUGGUCCUAUUUUCAGGUUUCAAAUGGGCAGACAGCCACUAAUAAUUGUAGCAGAUGCAGAGCUUUGCAAAGAAGUUGGUAUAAAAAAAUUCAAAUACUUUCCCAAUAGAAGCAUUCCUUCUCCCAUAGCUGCUUCCCCUCUUCAUCAAAAGGGCCUUUUCUUCACAAGGGAUGCUAGGUGGUCCGCCAUGCGAAACACUACACUAUCCGUCUACCAACCGUCUCACCUCGCCAAACUAAUCCCCACCAUGCAAGAAAUCGUGAAAUCGGCCACCGAGAAUCUCGACCGUUUGAUCGACCUCUCGUUCUCCGACCUCUCGCUCAAGCUAGCCACGGACGUGAUUGGCCAAGCCGCGUUUGGCUUCGACUUUGGCCUCUCGAAACCGAAAUCGAACGACGGCGAACGAGAAAGCGGGCAUGUUCAAGAUUUCGUGAACGAGCACAUUUACUCCACGACUCGUCUUAAAAUGGACUUAACCGGCUCGUUUUCGAUCGUACUCGGGUUGCUAGUCCCUAUAUUGCAAGAGCCCUUUAGAAAGAUUUUGAAGAGAAUUCCGGGCACGAUGGAUUGGAAGUUUCACCGGACGAACGCGAAUUUGAGCCGCCGUGUGGACGAGAUCGUGGAGGAGAGGAUGAAGUGCAGUGGUGGCGAUUCUCGCGAGUCGAGGGAUCUUUUGUCGCUCGUGUUGAGGGCAAGGGAGCGUGAGAAGGGUGCGGUGAGCGUGUUCACGCCGGAUUAUGUUAGCGCGGUGACUUACGAGCACCUUUUGGCGGGGUCCGCCACGACUUCGUUCACUCUGUCGUGUGUUGUUUAUUUGGUCGCUUUGUAUCCGGAAGUCGAGAAGAAGAUUUUGGAGGAAAUUGACGAUUUUGGCCCUCGCGAUCGGGUGCCGGACGCGCACGAACUUCAUCAUAAGUUCCCUUAUCUUGAUCAGGUUAUAAAAGAAGCAAUGAGAUUCCACACAGUUUCUCCCUUAGUUGCUAGAGAAGCUUCUGCAGAAGUUAAUAUUGCAGGCUAUGUCCUUCCAAAGGGUACAUGGGUGUGGCUAGCUCUAGGAGUUCUUGCAAAAGAUCCAAUGAAUUUUCUGGAGCCGGAAAAGUUCAAGCCCGAGAGGUUCGACCCGAAUGGUAAAGAGGAAAAAUGGAGGCACCCUUAUGCCAACAUCCCGUUUGGAAUCGGGCCUCGUGCAUGCAUCGGCCAGAAAUUUGCCUUGCAAGAAAUCAAGCUGUCGUUGAUCCAUUUAUAUAGAAAUUACGUUUUCCGGCAUUCGCCUGAUAUGGAGAAUCCUUUGGAGCUGGACUAUGGAAUCGUGCUCAACUUCAGAAAAGGUGUAAAGGUUCGGGCGAUCAGACGUGCAUGA